GGGAAUUAGUGGCUAUCCUUCAGUCGGUUUUCGCAGGGAGCGACUUGAUAAUCACAACCUACAACCUCAGCAGAGCUUUUCAUGGGAACAGAAACGUCUUAAAAUGACCCGGAGAGUGAACGCUGAUCUGCUGCACAAGGCUUGAAACCACCUAGGAUCCCCAUGGAGCAGGAUGUGGAGAGCCCGGCCAUCAUCAAACAGCCCAAGUUGCCAAAGCAGGCCCGUGAGGACCUGCCUAAAAAGCUGGCAGAAAUAGACAGAAGAAAGAAGGUCCAGCGGUACGUCCAGAAAGACGGGAAGUGCAACGUCCAUCACGGGAAUGUUCGCGAGACGUACCGCUAUCUGACGGACAUUUUCACCACGCUGGUAGAUCUCAAAUGGAGGUUCAACCUCUUCAUCUUCGUGUUGGUGUACACAGUGACAUGGCUCUUCUUUGGCUUCAUGUGGUGGCUUAUUGCUUACCUUCGGGGUGAUCUGGACCAUUUAGCAGACAACCAGUGGACUCCAUGUGUCAAUAACCUCAAUGGGUUUGUAUCAGCCUUUCUGUUCUCCAUUGAGACAGAGACCACCAUUGGUUACGGAUACAGAGUCAUCACAGACAAAUGCCCCGAGGGGAUACUUCUGCUUUUAAUUCAAUCGGUGCUGGGAUCUAUCGUGAAUGCCUUCAUGGUGGGUUGCAUGUUUGUUAAGAUCUCACAGCCUAAGAAGCGAGCUGAGACACUAGUGUUUUCUACCAAUGCGGUCAUCUCAAUGAGAGACGGACGGCUGUGCCUGAUGUUCAGAGUCGGAGAUCUCCGAAACUCGCACAUCGUGGAGGCUUCCAUCAGGGCCAAGCUUAUCAAGUCAAAGCAGACCAAGGAAGGGGAGUUCAUCCCUUUGAACCAGACGGACAUAAAUGUGGGUUACAACACGGGAGAUGACAGGCUCUUCUUAGUGUCGCCACUCAUCAUCUGCCAUGAGAUAAAUCAGAACAGCCCCUUCUGGGAGAUCUCACAAGCCCACCUGGCCAAGGAAGACUUGGAGAUUGUUGUGAUUCUGGAGGGGAUGGUGGAGGCCACAGGCAUGACGUGCCAGGCGAGGAGUUCAUACAUCGGCAGUGAGAUCAAGUGGGGCUACCGCUUCACACCAGUCCUGACACUAGAGGACGGCUUCUAUGAGGUAGACUACAACAGCUUCCACGAUAUCUACGAAACCAACACACCCGCCUGCAGUGCCAGAGAGCUUGCUGACAUGACCAGCCGCACCCACUUGCCUCUUACCUGGUCUCUGGCCAGUAAGCUGAGCCAGCAGGGGCUGCCAGAGUCUGAGCAGGAGGGUCAGGAGACCAAGACCAGCAUGGACAACCAGGGGAAGAGCCAGCAGACUGAGAGGAACGGGGACAUUGCCAACAUAGAGAGUGAGUCCAAAGUGUGAUAGAGGAAAGAAAGACGGCAAGUUUAAGGUCCAUAUGAGAUUAUUGUGUACUGUACGUCUCACCACACAAGCUUGUGGAGCACAGGUGAGAAUUUGAGGUACUAAACAAGGACCAAUGAGCACAGUAGACCAAGAAUCCUUUCACCAAGAACCGCGUUUUCUCAGUGAUUCACAGUAACCCCAAAAACAACAACACAUCUAGACAUGUGGCCCACCGCUGAACUGAAAACCCUCUGCGGCAAGUGCAUGUUUCAAAUAUAAUGUGAUGUCCUCCUGAUGAGAUUCCUAUUAUUUUUUCUAUUAAGAUAUUCCUAGGGGCAUUUGCAUAAGUAUUUUUGUAUAUACUAUAAAAUGUUUUGAAUUCUUUGUUUUGUUGCAGUGUGAAUAUUUGACAGAUGUUUGAUACUAAUCCCUUUAGGUUAGUUCUGUAUAUAUUCUAUGCCUUAUUGUAUGUAUAAAGCUUUCGUUACUUGUUUUUCAGAAAUAUAUUAGCAUGUAUAAACAUUAUCUGCAGUUAAUUUAUCUUGUAUUGUGUAUAUACUCUAUGAUAAUAAUGUUAUAAGAAACACACACAUCUCAAUGGAUGCAAACUCUAGUUGAAACCAAUGACAAAUACUUCCCCACAUGAUAAAUGUUUGUUUAAGGUAGUACUACACGUCUACAAUACAAUUCCUCGAGAAGCCAUGGUUUGCUGUUUACAGCUGAGUGACUUCCAACAAUGGCCCUUUAAAACUGCAUUUUGUCACUUUUGCACAUUGGAGGCUUCUGGUGGAGAAAGUUCGUUGCUGUUUCAGUCUCCAGAAAUCCUUCACAUGUCACCUAACAGUAUCAAAAAUAAAUAAACAGUAAAUUGCA